GGCUUGCAGGUUUUCACAGGAGUGGGAGUGGUGUGACGAGCAGCUUGUUCUACAGAUAUUUGAGAUCCAAGACAGAAUGGGAUUUAUAGCAGACUGAAAAACUCCAACAAGAUGCUCCAUGGCCAAGAACGGGCAGGAAGGAAAUAAGGAACUGACAAGACAACUGUCUUGUGCUGGUACAGCAGGCUUGUGGCUUACAUGGAUUCAAAUAAGUAUAUAGAAGAGUUGCUGAUGCAGCUGGAAGAAGAGCAAAGGAAUGUGCGGAAGGAGAAGCUGGCAGUGGCUCGGUUACAGCGGGAAGUUGCAAGAAAUAAAAGUGAAGGAACAAUGUGCGAGAAGCUGAUACAUGAUUUGGAAGAAGAAAGACAUUUGAGGCUGGAGACUGAGAAACGACUGCGUGAAGUUACGCUGGAAUCUGAUCAUAGUAGAUCUCAGAUGCGAGUUUUCCAGGCACAGUUUGCCAGGAUGGAAGAGACUGUAAGGAACCUCCUCCAGAAUCAGGGAGCACAAGGACAGAGUGCUGGAGAAACAACUGAGCUUAUAAAAGUGAACCAGGGUAAAUUAUCAGAUGAAGUAGAAUCAUGCAAGGAGCCAACUGCUGACAGUGAAAUGGCAACUGCUGAAUACUCCAGCGGUGAAAGCUGCAAUACCGAUGAGGAAGAAAAAUCAACACUCCUUUUGAAACGAUUAAGAUCGCUGGAGGCAGAGAACUCAGCCCUUGCUAUGGAGAAUGAAAAUCAGAGAGAGCAGUAUGAACGGUGUCUCGAUGAGGUUGCCAAUCAAGUGGUCCAGGCAUUGCUUACUCAAAAGGACUUAAGGGAGGAGUGCCUCAAGUUACGCACCAGGGUCUUUGAUCUUGAGCAACAGAAUCGAACACUGAGCGUUCUAUUCCAACAGAGAGUUCGGCUGGCCUCGGAUUCCCUUUUACAGAGGCUUCACUCACGAAUUGUAGAUCUUUCAUCUGGGGACCUGUUCCCUGAUGUAGAGAGGAAUAAAAGCCCAAUCCAGUCAAGAACUACAGAGGCUCAAAUUCAGGAGCCUCAGCAGAACCCACAAUCCAGUAUAAAUGUUCUAAAAUGUCACAGUCAAUUAAACUUGACAGUACCUAGCCAACUUUAUCCCAGGAGCAGCUGUAGCAGCAGUGAACUCUCGCUUUCAAGUGCCUGCAGUGAACUUUCAAGUGGUUCCUUUACUUGGAAUGAUGGAAAGACAUGCAGUAAAAGGUCUUCUAUAAACUGGGAAAAGAGAGUAAGUAUUGGCUCUUCACUUCCUAGCAACCUCUCCAGUCCCUCAGAAGAACUACCUCCGACCCGAGAAAAAGAAAGUCACAUCUUAGAAGGACUAAAGAGACUGCAAAAGAGAAAACCAUUAUUGGAGCCACCAAAUCUAUCAUCAAAAUGGGCUUACAAAGACUGCAUGAACUCCAAUGAAGGAAUUUACUCUCUUGGAUUAAAGUAUAGUGGCCAUAGCAGGAUUAAAGAUCAACUACCAUUUAAGACUAUUGAUGUAGGCAUGUGUUUGGAAAAUAACAAAAUCUUUGAAUAUGACUCUGAUUCACAUGAUGAUGUAGAUGAUGACUGCACAGCCAUCAUUACUGCAGUAAAUGAGGUGCCUAGCAAAGACUGCAGAUCAUUCUGUACAAAGCUGAAGCAUAGCAUUUCUGAUAGUCUUUUCGGAUCGGAUCACAAUGAAAAAUAUGUAUCUGGAAGGAAUACGCAUCUGAGCUCAAGGGAAAAGCCUGAAAAACUGACCAGUUUUAUUGGCAACAUGGAAUUGAGUGGAAAACUAUGUAUUGGCGAUAAAUCACCUGCAAAGAAAUUAGAGUACAGUUCAAGUAAAGUAGAUUACAAAGAUGUAACUCUCCGGCUAUCUGACACAGAGGAUAUGGAGGUUCUAGAUGAGCUGCAAGUAGAAGGUAAUGAAGAAAUAGAUUCUUCUGAUUUCAGAACAGAUUUGCUGACUGACAAACAGUCAUCAAUAAGUCAUCCAAGCCUCCUUAAUUGUAAGAAAACAUUUUUGUCAUCUGCAGAUAAGGAUGAAGACCAUCUUUCACCAUGCUCUGACAAAAAGCCAAAGACUUUUAAUUUGAAAAAACAAAAUUGUCAAGCAAACAAUAUUGUAAAACCAUCAUUGGAGGAAUGUAUUACAGUAGUGUUUGAUGCUGAAGAUGGCCAACCAAUUAAUUUCAAUUCCCAGCAGACAGACAAUGCAUCUGUUGCAUUAAAUGAAACCUCUGACUCAGUUCCUUCAGGUAUGCCUACUACAGAGCUGGAAAUUCGAGGUCUUAUAUGUUGUCAAAAAGGAAAUGAUGCAAGAAAUUACACAGUUCUAGAAUCACUGGAAUGCCAUUCAGAACAAAAACCUUCAGAAGACUGUGCAAUUAACAAAAACACUGUGAAUAAUGACUCUGUGAACUCUGAUAGACCAUUGUUGCUGCAUGUUCCUCAGCAACAAAAAUUAAUGAAGCCAACUUAUAAUGCAGCUUAUAAAACAAGCUGUGUAUCUUCACAGCAGACAUAUGCUCCUCAAAAGCCACAGUUUACCAAAAUUCCCAACAGAGGCAAAAGCUCACCGCAGAAAACCUCUAAAGUAAACAUCAGCGACAAUACAUAUUUAUCAUCCGGUCCUCUGGUCCAAGAAAAGUCACCAUUAUCAUCCUCACCUGUCAAACUUUCCAAGUUUUUAAAGAUGUCGAGUACUAAUAGUAACCAAGGUGUGAAAAGUGAUUCCGCCAUUCCAAAAUUUAGCCCACAACUUCUUCGGAACUCUAAAAUCAUGUUGAAAAACGAUGUGGGAAAGAGUCAAGCCAGUACUGUUCAAGGAUCUUCUUUAUUGUCCAGGCGGCAGGUAACAGAUCACAGAGACCCUCCUACACGAGACAAACAUGAUAAUUCAGAACAAGAAGAUGUCAAUUCCCCUUCACCUCCACCUCCACCAGGCAGAUCUACUUCAUUGCUAAUAAGACCAAGUUAUGAACAUUCUCCACAUGUAGUAGUAAAGACUGGGUCUCCGAUUCCAGUUGAAAUUACGGAAGCAUUUUUAUCUUCAUCGUUAAAACCACAAGGAGUUACAAGCACUGUUUCAUCUUGCUUCCAGCUUGCACCAGAAAUACAAAGCCAGCAAUUCCACAAACAUGUAGCUGAGUUUGAUUCCGGUGACUCUCACCAGUGUCAAACUUCACUGCAACCAAUUGAUUCAUUACAGCAGCCUCGGGACUCAUCCAGAGUUUCACAGGAUGUGUUGAAUGGUUCCGCCGACAAAGAUCAUCUCAAAAUGGACUGUUCAAGUCCUUCUCCACCAUCGCAUGGUCAGCCUUGUUCUCAAACAUCUGUUAAAAUGAUUAAAAGUUCAACGUGUAUUUCUUCAAACCAAAAAGACUCACCUCCACACAAUACAUCUUUUGCCAAAACCGGACAAUUAUGUGAAAAUGCAUUGGCAUCGCAGCACAAACCUUGUAAUAAUUUACCACUGUCUUCACAAAGCCAUACACAAAACAUGAAUGAAUCUUCACUUCAGUCUCAUCACUCCAGCCUGCCUAUAUCGAGUACCAGUGCUGGAAAUGCAAUUAGCUUUCCCUGUCCUGAAGAAAAGAGCCUGAAAACGCGUAUUCCUGUUGGGCUGAAAGGUCUUGUAAAAUCUCCCCCAAUACUGAGGAAAAGUUCAACCAUACCAGGAAAAAAUGAGAAAGACAGUAUUAAUAUCUCGUCUAAAGCAAAUGUAGCUCAAGAAAAAUCUAAAAGGGUUGAUGCAUCAGAAAACAUCAAACAUCUAGAACUACCAGAGCCAAUAUCUGAUCCUGGGAAAAAAGGGUGCCUCCAAGAUUAUGUAAGUGUUCCUGUAACUUUGCCAGCAGAACUAGAAGAUGAAAUGAAGCAUUGCAUGAGCACAGCAGAUGAGAAAGACUUGGAUGGGUCAGAAGUCAAAGCUUUUAAGAGGUCAAUUUCAGCUAAUAACAAGCCUUACCUGAAACCUGCCCUGGGCAUGAAUGGUGCCAAAGCUCGAAGUCAGAGCUUCAGUAAUCAGUCUGGUGAGAAGUCCGCUGUCUCGGUGGUAGAUGGCCCGGGAAAGGUGCGAACCCAAAUUAUUACCAACACAACCGAAAGAGGUAAUUCGCUAACCAGACCAAACUCCAACAGUGCGGGGGAAGGGUCACAACUUAAACCUGUGAGUGGUUCUUCAGCUACUCAAAGUCCAUCACAUUCUUCAAAAAUUGCAGACACUGGCUAUUCACGCCAAGCCUCGCAUGGAAGUAUGAGUAGCUCAAGUAGUCAUCCUGGCAGUCCUAGUAAAUUACCCUGUAGAACUCCACCAAAAGGAGAAGUUCUUCAAAGUUCUUCAAAGUUUGAAGGCAACCAGUCGCCGCCUCAAAAAGAAACCCGCAGCCUACCUCUAACUGACAGAUUGAGUGACAAAAAGUCAAAACAGCUGCCUCAGAAAGGGAAAAACAUAAUGCAGACUAGGUGCGAGUCUCAAUCGUCACCAAAUAUGACUUCUGUGGAAAGCCUAAGCAAAUUACAGGGUCCCUCCAAACCUGAUGUGGUGAAAGGUGUAAAGAAACAGGAGAAUCCUUUAAAGAGGUCUGAUGUUUCUAACAAGGUAGGCAACCCUGCUGUUUCUGUGGCACAGCCAAGCAUUGAGGAGAAAGUCAUGAUGGGGAUUCAGGAAAACAUGCAGAAGGUGCAAGGGCAGGAGAAAUCUCAGAUAUCAGAGAUAAAACAAAAGACUGUCCCCUCAAUAGCCAAUUGGUUUGGCUUCCGAAAGAGCAAGCUGCCAACUCUGAACAGUAAAAAGUCAGAUACUUCAAAAUCAAAGGAUGAAAAGAAAGAAACCAAAAGUGGAUCUGGGUUAGGAAUCAAGCCCACAAAACUAGACAAAAAAAAGGAGAAAAGGAAAUGUGAGAAGGACUGUGAAAGAGAGAUUGAGCUUAAAAAGGAAACUGAGAAAUGUGAUAGGAAAGUAGAAAGUGAUUUUCCAACUAAUUGUGGUGAGAUCAUUCCACACGAGGUGACCUACAGCAGACAAUCAAGUCUUGGAUCAAAACAUCAAGUCUACAAGGAUGAGAAUGGCGUAACAAAGGACCAGUUCAUGCAGGAGCUUCUAUUCAGAGUUGAUAAGAAGGCUGCUCAUCAGAUGGAAAAUGGAUCAAAUCAUGUUUCCUGCAGGAACAUGCCUAAGGGCAACUCCCAUAGCUCUGCAUUUCCCAGCAACUCUAUCAGCAUUCAAGGAAACUAUAAGAAGAAUUGCAAAGUAAAGGCAGACACAGAGAUUCAAAACGAAAUCCAUAAGGAGUUGCUAAUUGAUUCUGAGGCUGAAGCUGAUUCAAAUCCUCGUAAAGGUUAUGUUGGACUUUGGAAGCUGCCUGAUUCUUCUCCAGGGAAACUUUCUAAUUGGCAUGUCUUAAAUAAUGAGAGUCAGGGGAAACAGAAGGUUGCGAACUCUCCUGAGAAAAAGAAUGUGAAUCCAGGCAUCUUAGAGGAGACCUCCCCUGAGUCCACAUGCCAAGAUAACUUGAUAGGAUCAAGUUGUCAGAUGAGAACACUGGACAGUGGGAUUGGAACUUUUCCCCUUCCUGAUUCUACAAACCGGCCAUCAGGAAGACACGUUCCUAAAUCAACGUCCAGCCUUGAAUGUGAACUUUCCUCAUCCCCAGGGGAAGCCCCCCACCCCACAAAUAUAUUUCAAAAAGCAAAAACACUUGAACGAGAAGUGCCUAGCAGUGGUGAAGGAAGCCACCCUGGACCAGAUACAAUUAGUCAUUCAGCAUCAGAUCCUACAAUGACUUCCAAGGGUUUGCAGUCGUUUCAGAGUUGCAUUCCAAAAACAUCUCGAGCAGGUUUCCUGAUGCCUAAACAUAGAAAACGAGACAGUAUGGAUCAGAGUGGUACAACUGCCAAAUUUUCAAAUAGCCAUAAAAGUGGUUUUUCAGACUUGGCAGAGAAGAUGAAGGAUUCUGAACAAUCAAGUAGCUCGUGUGCUGUGAGUGCACAGGACAGAGCAAUACGGAUGUGUUCCUACUCUGCCAGCAGCAGUGACAAUGAAAUUGAAGUAGAAUAUGGAAUAAAUGAGAAAGGAACCAGAGACAAAGAAUUAUACAGCAAAAUGAAGAACAACAAACUCAUAGGUCAACAGCAGCGAAAUGAAAAGGAUCAAAGUUUUAUAAGCCAUUCUCCAGUCAUCAGUUUCUACCAGCAUAAUCCAUAUGGGCAGUAUGGAAAGGAACUGCCAUAUGUUAGCCUUCUUAAGCAGUUGCAUAGUGAAGUGAAUAAGGAAAGAACGGUUGACGACAUUCCAAGUAAAAUUAAACAAGUGAAAGAGGAAGGGUCUGAGUCAAAUGUAUCCAAACCCUCCACCAUCUCCCUGGACACCCUCAACAAGAUCAACUCCAAUAAUGUGUGCAUUAUGGAAGAAGAGAAAAACUGUGUAUCAAAGCCCGAGGCUGAGAAAGGCAGCGACAGAGGAAAUGAAGAAACUUCGCUAAAUUCCCCUGAAAAGGCUGGGGUGGAUAACUUGGAAUCUCUAAGUGAUUCCUUGUAUGACAGUUUUUCAUCCUGUGCCAGUCAGGGGUCCAACGAGGUGUAGACACAAAACAUUAUGAAAUGAUCGUCCUGUCUGUCUAUGGGGCAUUAAAAAUCAAACUAAACGAAUAAAACAGCCGACAGGAGAUAUUCAGAACAUUGCAGCAAAACAUACCACAGUAGAAUGUAUUGUUUUAACUGUUUGAGUCGGGACUGUUCUGGACCAAACGUGUACUUUUAAUUAUUAUAAACCGCCAACAGAUAGGAGUUGGCGGAGGACACAACAGUUAAAAAUAGAGAAACGCUGUAAGCAGAUGAGUUGAUUAAGACAGUUUUGCACUCUAUAAAUAUUGUACUGAUUUUUUUUGUAAAUUGAAAUUUAUAUUUGUAGCAAGAAACAUGAAAGCAAUAAAUGCGAAAGCAAUGGUGCCAUCCUACCCGGGUUUACACAUCGCGAGGUGGUUAGUUCGAGAUUAUUACACAAUAAACGUAUUGAGAUCUUCCACAAGUUGUGCGUUUGCUCCAGUGACAUCCAGUGUGGAUGGACUGUUCAGUGAGAAGUCUCAGAUAUUUAACAGUGCGAUGUGCGCCGUUUGAUAAUGUGCACAAUCACCGUGAACACAUCUGGGGAACUGUAAGAUUUUAUCUUCACGGAUCUAAUUGUUCCUGCCCACUAAAUCGGGUCGGGUCGGUCCAGAUCGGUGCAGUUGUAUCUUUUCUCAGGUGAAAUAAAGCGUUUUUGCUUUUUUUCUAUAUUUGCAAUGGAAAUGGAUGGCUGUGUCGCUCAGCUCCAGAGGGUUUUUGUCUAUUUCCAUCCUCUCUUGUCAGGGAUUUGUAUAAUAUACUGGAGCUGUUUUCAGAUGAUUUAAAGAUAUAUAAGCACAUCUUGGGUUACGGGCCAGUAUCGCCAUUCUGAUUAAUCUUUCCCUCCUCUCAUCUUUAUACACCCCCCUGGGCUAACUCUGAGCUACAGUUACUACAGUACAGUACAGUGUAGCGUUUUGUUUGAAACACUGCAAACACAUCCACUUUUUUUUACAUAAAAUAGCGCUGCUCUACCGGUGCUCACUGACACUUGGGCGAUUUCUAUGCUACUUGUUUUCUACUCGGUUUGUGUUCAUAUAUAUGGAAAAUAAGUGAGAUAUUUGGGAUGGUUUGUAUUUUUGUCUAGCGGUCAGAUAUUUAUAUCUACUUUUGUACAUUGAAUUGUAAAGUAGUACAUUGGAUAUUUUCUGGGAUCUAAAAUACACAUAUUUCUUUCAUGGAAACAGCUGAUAAAAGUACCACUUGUAAAAAAAAAUCCGAAAUGUUACGGUACCGACAGUGUUAAGGCAAUAUUUGGUGCAAUCUAGAAUGUUUAUAUUAGAAAUUGUCAUAUUUUCGUGUAAGUAAGAACAUUGUCAGAGAAAAAUUAAAAAAAAGAUUCCUCAACCUUUCAGAUUUUAAGAG